AUGGCACAAAAAAGUGGAGAAACAGCUAUGAACGUUCAAGCUAUAGCUGCCCUCUCAAACGCAGAACACAACGAGCAACAGAAACUCGCGCGCGAGACGUAUCAAAGUGUCGAGGAAAAACAAAAGCAAGAUACAGCUCGGGAUCGCUUAGCUCAGAUUGUGAACAUGCUCCCGAAACAGGAUAGAGAGACUGCAGGUACGGAAUUGGAAAUGGAGCGGUUGGUUGAUGAGGGGUUGUUGGCUAGGCUUUGUCCGGACUGUGGGGGGGAUAGAGAGCAGGGUGUGGAGGGUUUGGAGAUGGUGAGGGGGGAGGGGGAUAUUGGGGAGGGGGGUGUUGGAGAGGGGGGUAUUGAGGAGGAGGAUAUUGAGGAGGGGGGUAUAGAGGAGGGGGGUAUUGAGGAGGGGCAUGUUGAGGAGGGGGAUGUUGAAGAGGAGGAUAUCGAGGAGGGGGAUGUUUGGGAGGCGGAUAUUGGGGAGAGGGAUGUUGAGGAGUGGGGUAUUGAUCUUCUGACAUAUUUACAGCAGAAAGAGCAGCGUACAAAGCCUUCAAGAAUAGUGAGGUGGAAGGAGGAUAUUGGGGAGUGGGAUGUUGAUGAGGAGGAUAUUGGGAAGUGGGAUGUUGAUGAGAAGGAUGUUGAUGAGAAGGAUGUUGAUGAGAAGGAUGUUGAUGAGGGGUUGUUGGCCAGACUUCGUCCGUUCCAUACGAGGGAUAGAGAACGGUAUGUGAGAUCUUUGGAGAUGGGGAGAGGGGAGAGGGAUGUUGGGGAGGGGGGGUUUGCAGUGGCGAGGGAGGGAGGAGCAGGAGGGAGGAGUAGGAGGGAGGAGUAG